CUUUUCGAUGCCAUGCACCCUGACCGGUUGUGUUGGUGUAAAGGACCAGCAACUUGAGCUCGUCGUAGCAAUGGAGUUGGACAGUGCUACAUGGUCUGACCAAUGGGAGAUCAACCUCUGCGUGAAUCUGACUUGGAAGGUUUGCCGGUGCCAAGUGCAAGGCUCCCGAGACGCGGCGAUCGAAGGAUGCGGCAGAAACUCCAGGUUAGCAAAGGCUCUCUGCUCCCGCCGCUGGACUGGACGACACUACAAUACCCAACGGCAACAUCACUUGGUCCUUUGGAGAGCUUUCACAGGGCCAUGACACACACUCUAAACGCCUGUCAACCCUGAAAUAUGAGACAGAGCUCUCUGCCACUGGAAAACCUGCAAGCGUGGGCGCAUUUCAACAACGUUCAUCUUUUCAAUGCUGCAAUUGAGGCCCACGUCUUCACCGAUGAUGGCAUUGACAAAGGUGGUGGAAUCCGUGCAACGUCUCGCCAUGAGGAGGGCGAACCACUGGUCGCUGUUCCCUUAGACCUUGUUCUGUCCAAGGAACGAGUGGCACAAUGUGCAAAGUCUGACCAACGACUCAAAGAACUCAUCGAAGCUGCUGCCUCUUUGUUUCAGAUCCUGCGGCAGACUGACGGUUUCAUCUCUUUGCCAGAAUCCUCGCACUGCAGUUCUUCUUUUCCUUGUCUACCAGAUGACCAUCAACAGCCCCGACAAUCAUGACGCCGGGCUGAAGUUGAAGAACCCAUUCGCCGACUAUGUCCAAUGUCUCCCCAAAGACGUUCCACUUCCAACAUUCUACACCCCAGAGGAAAGGGAACUUCUCACUGGCACGACUCUUGCCGAAGCUUUAGACCAAAAGUUGGUCAGUCUUGAACGGGAGUUUGACCGCCUAAAAGAAGCUACGCAGACUAUUCCUUGGUGUCAACGGGUGUGGUGGGACGAGCAAACUGGGCUUUUGGACUUCGAUGACUGGAAACUUGCAGAUGCCCUGUACCGGUCUCGAGCUAUGGAGCUCCCGCGGGGGGCAGGCGUAGGCAUGGUCCCUGUUGUUGACAUGGCAAACCAUGCUGCUGACGAUCAAUACAAUGCACGAUUCGAGGUCGACGAUGAUGCAGGGACCUUCUUGCUUGUCGUGCGGGACUCGAAGUUUAUUAAUGACGGUGACGAGAUCACCAUCAUGUACGGGGCAGGUGGUGCCUGCGAAAUGGCCUUCUCCUAUGGCUUCAUUGAGGAGCACGCGAGCAACGCCAGGGAGUUGUUCCUGAGUCUUUCCAUCCCCGCCGACGACCCCUUGCGGUUGGCAAAGAUCCGGUUUGCCCAGGAAGCGCCAGGUGUUCGCAUUUACAUUGAUGAGUCAGGACAUUUACGCUGGGAUAGUUCGUUCGUCUGGUGGGCAUGCGUCAACCAGGAAGAUGGUCUAGACUUUAGAGUGGAGAAGACUGUGGACGGAGAAACGGAGCUCAAGGCGUCUUGGAAGGGGGACGAUCUAAGCGCAGCCGCCCUCCAUUCCACACUCCUGCAGGAUGAGCUCCGAGAUAUAUUCGUCCUGCGUGCCACGGUGAUGAUCCAACAACGUGUUGAAGAUCAAGGGAUGCAGCUCGCAGCAAGUGAAAGCACCUACGAAAGGACCCUUCCCACAGGGGAACAUAAUAUUAGACACUCGGUCCAUGAGACGAUCGGGAGACUUCGGAGGCUGGAGCUCGACUUGUUGACCAGGGCCUAUGAAACACUAGAGCAGGAGAAGGAAAACCUCCUCGAGUCUGCAGCUGUUCGCUCCUAUCUCGAGCGCCAGGAGCAUGGCCAGACGAACUCGACAGGAGAAUACCCAGAAGAUGACUUCUCGUAGAGUAGUAACGACCAUGAAUGGCGCAUGUACUGUAGAAGAUGUGUCGCUAAGGAAUUGAAACUCCUACGCAAGUGGACUGGCUCGGAAGCUUGUCCUGCACGCUGCAUCAGGUGGUGUGAGCGCGCCAAAACAAAUACGAGCUGACGGGGUGGCCAGCUCACACAGCUUACAAGCUUUGAAUGUAUCCCUACAACUAGUUGUGCAUCAAUAGUGCAAUCUGGCCGGAUCCUCAGUUUUGAUCGUUUUCCGAUGCACACGACACAACUGGCAGAAAGAAGCUCUUCUACGGUGGACUCAAGCCUUCCGCCAGCCAGAUGUGCUUCAUCUGGAAACCCGCGAGGUUCCGUUCGCCCAUGCUUGACAUUUCCGUCGACUGCCAUAUGUCCAUCAAUCGUCGGAGCACAGGCCAGCUCCAAGGUACCAACUGUGAGGCUGGCUUCAUUCAAGAGGCAACUUAUGUAUAUCUCGAUAUUCAGCUCUUGUUGUCUGACAAUAUCCCACGUAGCCACGGCAUGAGGAAUGGCCUGGAUAGCUUGGCCUGUAGUUAAGCGACACGAAUCGACCUUCUAGGCCUGUGACUGUGCUAUCCUCCGUUGGCGAGCUGUUGGCCCAACGAGAA